AUGAGAUUUCCAAGAAGUCUUGAGGUUUGGAAAUUAGGAAAGGUCAACUACUUGGAAGCACUUAAGCUGCAGGAAAAGCUGGCGUGUGAUAGAAAAGCUCACAAGAUUCCGGAUACCCUAUUGUCCCUGCAACAUCCUCCUACAUAUACUCUUGGCAAACGGCGCACUGAUCAUAAUUUAUUGAUCCCUGUACCUGAACUUGAAAAGAUCGGAGCUGAACUUCACUAUACACAAAGAGGAGGUGACAUUACAUAUCAUGGUCCUCAUCAAGCCAUCUUAUACCCCAUUAUUUCUCUUCGUGACAUUGGACUUGGUGCUCGGAAGUAUGUGGAGAAACUUGAGUUGACAAUGAUUGAGAUGGCAUCAAAAUAUGGUGUGAAAGCUUGUGCUGGAAAAAAGUGUGAGUCUGGGGUCUGGGUUGGAGAUAGAAAGAUUGGUGCAAUUGGAGUUCGCAUAUCAUCCGGAAUCACUUCUCAUGGAUUGGCAUUCAACAUUGAUCCUGAUCUAGACUAUUUUAAUCACAUUGUGCCUUGUGGGAUUGCUGAUAAAAAAGUUACAUCUUUGAGAAGGGAGACAGGCAAUUUAGGGUACAAGGCAUUUGAGAACUCCUCCGGUCCUGUGGUGACUAUGUUGGGGGAGUUAUCUGUAAGCAACCUUAGUACUGCUAGAUCCAGGAUCAGCAUCUUUGAUCAGUGA